AAAGGUAAUUGGAACCAACCCUAAGCUCCUUGUUUCUCCGCUUUGAAGGUAGCCCCGAUUAUUACUGACUUAAGCAUCGGAGUGUCUACCCCGAGGAUCCACCUCGGGGCUUUGCAGGUCAAUCCAGAGUGCAGAUACAGACUGAAGAAGGACUUCUGGUUUGGUGCAGUUACAUUUUGGCGCCGUCUGUGGUAAUCUGAACUAAAGGCUCCCUUGUUGCUCUUAUCAUGGUUAAAACUAGGUCAGCCCGAGGUGGAAACUCCUCUCAGCCUCUUGGACGAGGUCAGGCCCCCAGCAACCUUCCACCUCAUCCCCCACCCCCAAUCUCGGAUAUAUUCCUUCAUGCUGACCAUACAGAAGGAGGGGAUGAAAAUCAGCCACACAAUUCGGCUCACAACUCAGCCUCUACCGCUAACCAAGACAUAGUUGCAACUCAACUUGCUGCCAUGCAACAGCAGUUUGGUGUCUUUCAGCAAGUGCUGGCUCAACUGUUAACCCAGAAUAAUCCUGGAGAUCCACUCAUCAAUUUACUUAAUCCUGCCCCACCACAACCUCCAGCCCCACCACAAAAUCCUGAACCAGUUCAACAUGUUCCCGCUGUUAGUGAAUCUCAAGGCCAAUCUCACAUCACCCCAGCCCAGCAACCCCUUCAUGAUGCUGUCACUCGACGUUUAGAUAGCUUAGAAAGGCUAGUGGGUGAACAGCGAGGUGCCCCACCUCCACAUCCUGCUGUUGAUUUCGUACCCCACCCUCUCAACACCAAUAUUGUACUGGAACCUUAUCCCACUGGCUUCAGAAUACCACAGCUUGAAACUUAUGAUGGGACAAAGGACCCCGAUGAUCAUUUACAUGCUUUCUACUCUUGCAUGCAGGCCCAGAAUGCCUCUGAUGCGUUGAUGUGCAAAAUCUUUCCCUCUACCCUCCGAGGUAAUGCUCGAACCUGGUACUACAGCCUGCCUCCGAGGUCAAUCAACUCUUACACAGAACUGGCAUCUGCUUUUGCCACAAAGUUUUCCAGUAGGAGGUUGAUCAGGAAAACCACUUCUGAGCUGAUGCGAGUUAAGCAGAGGGACGGAGAGUCUUUGAAGAAUUUUAUGAGCAGAUUCAAUGAUGCAGUGCUGGAGGUUAAUUCUUUCGACCAAGCUGUGGGAAUUACAGCGGUGAUCUCGGGUCUUGGCCAUGAGAGGUUCCGAGAUAGUCUGCUCAAACAUCCUGCCAACACCUUCAGCGAGGUAAAUGAUAGAUCGUUGAAAUUCAUAACUGCUGAGGAAUAUGCCCUGUCGCAGAACCUAACUCCUAUUAAGAGCCAACACCCGGACUGGAGAGAUGAGAAUCCGAACAGGAAACGGAUGAAGACAACACAGAACCGAGGUCCGAUGUUGACCCCGAGAUUCGGAAGGCCGAACUCAGCACCUCCGCAACAACCUGCAGGUAAACCUCCAGUUAGUUGGAGUCCUUUUAAUUUACCGAGAUCACAAAUCUUUAUGCAGAUUAAGAAUAAGAUGGACCUAAGACGUCCGGGUCCAAUGAGAACUGUUGCUGCUACCAGAGACCAUACCAGGUAUUGUGAUUUUCAUCAAGAUCACGGUCAUACAACAGAGCAAUGCAAUAGUCUGAGGUCCGAGCUGGAAAGUCUGGCACAGAAAGGUUUGUUGAAUGAGUACAUCCAGAGAGUGGAACAGCCAAAGUUUGUCAGAGAACAAGGGCCACAGCAUCAAGCAGUCUGCAAUCCCCCAAACAGACAAGGUGUAGGAUAUCAGCAAGCCCCACCACCACUUCCACCACCAGCUAGAGUCAUACACAUGAUUACGGGAGGUCUGGAAGCCGGUGGACUGAGCUCUAAGCAGCGAAAGUUGUAUGUCAGAGAGGUUAAGCACCAGAAUCGGGCUCAGAAGCGAAAAUUCGACGAUGCUGAGUGGAAGAAUCAACCCAUCACUUUCACAUCUGAUGAUCUCGAAACAGUUGUCACACCUCACAAUGAUCCUCUAGUCACUUCUGUCACGAUCAACAAUUGUGAGGUGCAGCGUGUCCUUGUUGACACAGGGAGUGCACCAGACAUCAUGUACUUCCAUUGUUUUGAGAGUCUGGGGUUAGAUCCAGCUCUACUGCAGCGGUAUGAUGGUCCCAUCUACGGGUUCAACAACCAACCAGUUCCAGUUGAAGGAGUCCUCACCAUGAAUGUUGCAUUUGGAAGUGGCCGAAGUUAUGUGACCCCUUCAGUUAGGUUUCUGGUAGUCAAGAUGGCGUCCUCAUUCAAUGUCGUCAUAGGUCGACCCACACUGACUGAAAUUCGAGCUGUGGUUUCCCAAUCUCACCUAUGCAUGAAGUUCCCAACUCCUACGGGAAUAGCAACGCUGCGAGGCAACCAGGAGGUGACCCGACAUUGCUAUAUCACCUCGGUAACACAACCUCAGAAGGGCAAGGCCCAGACACCCGAGAUUAGUCCCAAACGGAUUCCUGAUGAUCGGCAAGUUAUGGGUGUUGAGAUAGUAGAUAACCGACCGGAAGAUGAAACCAGAGCUGCCCCAGUCGAAGAAGUGGAGGAGGUACAGAUUGAUGACAGAGAUCCGAGCCGGAAAACGCAAAUUGGGACUAAAUUGAACUCGGAGGAAAGAGCAGAGCUAGUAGCUUUUCUUCGGGCCAAUAAAGAUGUUUUUGCAUGGACUUCAGCAGAUAUGCCGGGAAUUCCCACUUCAGUUUUUCAACAUAAACUCAGCACCAAUCCCCUCAAGAAACCGGUAGCCCAGAAGCGACGCCUCUUCGGGGGGGAGAGGUUAACAGUUAUUAAAGAAGAAGUCGAGAAACUCCUACAAGCCGGUUUUAUCAGAAGGGUAGAUUACUGUGAGUGGGUCGCCAAUCCGGUGUUAGUGAAAAAAGCGAACGGUGAGUGGCGGAUGUGCAUUGAUUACACUAACCUCAACGAUGCAUGUCCAAAGGACUGUUAUCCAAUGCCAAACAUCGAUAAGCUGGUUGAGGCAGCUUCGGGAAAUGAGAGAUUAAGUCUCUUGGAUGCGUACUCAGGCUACCACCAGGUCCCAAUGGCUUCUGAGGAUGAAGAAAAAACCUCGUUCUAUGCUGGCAAUGAGAUCUAUUGCUAUGUAAUGAUGCCCUUCAGCUUGAAGAACGUAGGUGCCACUUACCAGAAGAUGGUUACCAUCGUAUUCCGAGCUCAGAUAGGACGGAAUCUGGAAGUUUAUGUUGAUGAUAUAGUGGUAAAGAGUUUGAAAGCUGACGAUCACUUAACCGACCUUGAGGAGACAUUCAACAAUCUCAGACAGAAUAGAAUGAGGUUAAACCCAGCCAAAUGCAUCUUUGGUGUGGAGUUUGGAAAAUUUCUGGGUUUCAUGGUUUCCCGGAAAGGAAUCGAGGUCAAUCCAGAGAAGAUCAGAGCAAUUGCCGAGAUGGAACCGCCGAAGUCAGUGAAGGAUAUACAGAGGUUGACUAGAAGGGUAGCAGCUCUUCAUCAGUUCAUAUCGAAGUCUGCAGAUAAGUGCCUACCGUUUUUCAAGAUUAUGAGGUCAGCUGCCCAGAAGGAUGAAUCAGAUGAAGCCAUUAGUUCGGUUCUGGUAAGAGAAGAAGCCAAGCAGCAGAAACCAAUAUAUUAUAUCAGCAGUGUGCUGCAUAGGGCCGAGCUGAGGUAUCCUAUAGCUGAGAAAGCAGCCCUAGCAGUUGUCACUUCAGCCAGAAAGUUGAGGCCAUAUUUCCAGUCGCACCCGAUCGUUAUUCUUACAGACCAACCCCUUCGGCAGAUUUUGCAAAAGCCUGAGUGUUUUGGAAGAUUAAUUAAGUGGGCAGUAGAACUGGGGGAAUUUGAGAUAACAUUUCAGCAGGGAUCUGCAAUCCGAACUCAGGCAUUGGUAGAUUUUAUUGUAGAAUGCACUCCAGGUAAUUCCAUUCCUACUCCGGAGCUCAAUGACUGGACCUUAUAUGUUGAUGGGGCGUCUAGUAGCAAAGGUUCAGGAGCUGGUGCUCUCUUGAUUGGCCCAGAUGGAUACCGAAGUGAACAUACUUCGAAAUUUAACUUCGAUGCAACAAAUAACAUGGCUGAGUAUGAAGCCAUGCUACUUGGUCUGCAGCUAGCAUUGGAGUUAAAACUCAGUGCGAUCCAAGUAUACAGUGACUCCCAGCUGGUGGUGAACCAAAUUAACUCAAUCUGCGAAGUUGUUGACCCUGUGAUGGUGAAAUAUGUAGCUUUGGUGGCUGAGCUGAAGUGCAAAUUCCAGAAAUUCUGUUUGAGCAAAAUCCCCCGAACUGAGAAUGAACAGGCAGAUUCACUCUCUAAAUUCGCCUUUGAUAGUUCUUCACAUUCCAGAUCAGUUUUUGUGGAGGUCUUAGAUGAACCAAGCUUCAUAAAGCCAUGGAUGAUGGAGAUCAGCACUGACCCAGGCACACCGAGCUGGACUGACCCAAUCCUCUCCUUCUUACGAGAUGGGGUAGUACCUGAGGAUAGGCAGGAGGCAAUGAAGUUGAGAAGGAAAGCAUCUCGCUAUACACUUGUUGAUGGGAUCCUCUAUAAGGAGGUGCAUGAAGGUGUCUGCGGAAGUCACGUGGGUGCUCGAACUUUGGCUCAUAAAGUCUUUAGACAGGGUUAUUAUUGGCCCAACAUGUACAAAGAUGCCACUCACUUUGUUCAGAGAUGCUUGAAAUGCCAGUUCUUUGCGCACCUGACUCACCAGCCUGCAGAAGAGCUCACUACUCUGGUAGCACCAUGGCCAUUUGCUCAGUGGGGAUUGGAUCUUUUGGGCCCAUUCGUGAAGGGGGUUGGUGGUGUAACCCACCUGAUCGUUGGUGUAGAUUACUUCACAAAGUGGGUUGAAGCUCGGCCGUUAUCCAGUCUUACUUCCAAGAAGGUUGAAGACUUUGUUUUUAGCUCAAUCAUCUGCAGAUAUGGGAUCCCGAAUCAGAUUGUGGCUGAUAAUGGAACGCAAUUUAACUGCACCUCUUUUCGAGAUUUCUGUUCCAGCUAUGGGAUUAAAUUGCAGUUCACCUCGGUUUACCAUUCGGAGUCCAACGGCAUGGUCGAAUCUGUUAACAAGUGCAUCUUAGAAGGUAUAAAGCCGAGGCUGGAACAACACAAGGCCAAAUGGGCAGACGAGCUCAACAACGUCCUCUGGGCAUACAGAACUACGAGUCGAACUGCCACAGGUGAAACACCAUAUCAUCUGGCCUUUGGUACCGAAGCAGUCAUUCCUAUCGAGAUAGGGGUUCCAAGCUUCAGAGUCGCCCAUUUCGAUGAAGGACGGAAUGGACAACUGCUUCGGGAGAACCUUGAUCUGCUUGAUGACCUUAGAGAAGAAGCACGACUUCGAACUCUAGUCUACAAGCAGAAAGUAGCAAACUUCUACAAUAAACGAGUUCGACCCCGAUCAUUCAAAGUAGGAGACCUUGUUCUCAGGAAAGCUGGUCUAACAGGGUUCGAAACUCGAUUCGGCAAAUUAGCACCAAACUGGGAAGGCCCCUACACUGUCGCCGAAGUGCCGCACCCAGGUGCUUAUAUCCUACGGGACACUGAAGGCAAACGGGUUCCUAGAGUCUGGAAUAUCAAUAACAUGAAGAAGUUUUACCCUUACGUGUACUUCAGUUGAGAGAACUUUGUUUUGAUAAUUCUUACUUUCACUCCUUCUGCUCAAUUUAGAGUGUGUUUUAACUCAAAUCAUUAAUAAGUUUCAAUUCACGAC